CAUCCCGGCACGGCGCAUCCUCCGUACUCUAUGCGGUAGAAAAACCGGUCCAUGCACCCCAGUACCGCACACGCCCAUUGGUUUAAUUGAUUGUUGUCACCUCUACAAGGCACUAGGAUUAACGGCACGUCUUAUAUUCCUGCUAAAAACCCGGUUUAAGAAGAAGACUGUAAAUUUAAAGGAGGCGAGAAAGGCUCUGUUCAACCUCUCUCCACGCUGCACCCACGUCAGCCCUCUUCCUUCUUCCAACUUCCAUUCAAACAUCCUACGGGCAGUUGUGCUGUUCCUGCAGUGCCUUAGCCAUCCUAUCUACAGUGUCUGCCAUCUAGAGAUCCCCUAUCAUCACUUCCUGAUACCCUCCACCAUAUCUCCUGCCCCACCCUAUCCUGCCCGGCAACAACAUGGGACUCGAAAGCCAGACCCCCAAGCAAGUCCCUGGUGACCUAAAAAUCACGCAGGUGGACACUUACCUGAGACUAGAGCCCAAGACGCUGGGGGCCAUCCAGGUGCUCAUCGGCAUCUUGACCCUGUGUCUGAGUGCCUCCCUGUUGCAGAUCACCGAGCUGCACUUCUAUGGUGAUAUCGUCAUCCUGCUGCUGUUUGCUCUGGAGAUUAUACUUUCUGGGUGCAUCUUGAUCACCACUGGGAUAUAUCCUACACUGCUCUGGUUGAAAGCUAUGUUGGUGGUCCACCUGGUGAGUUUGGCCUUCACAACAGCAGCCUUGGGCCUCCUGUCAAAGAACCUGCCCUUCCGACAGUUAUCGUACCACUGUGAACACUGCCGUCGCUUUGAAAUCUUCUCUGUGCUGCUUAUUGAUGGCAUCCUUGGUACACUGGUCCUGUUCCUGAUUGUGGAGCUCGUGAUCUGCAUUGUGUGCUUAUUGGUCGGGCUCAGUGUCCUUGCCCAAGGAGGAAUUCAGCUUCCUGGAGUAAGCCAGAGAUUGACUACGCCGCCCGUACAGGUGCAGCCUGUCAUGGUCGCUCCAGCCCAGAUGGCCCAGGUGUCUGUGGUGGUGACUGAACCUUCACCAGAACCGGAGCUCACUCCUGAGCCUGAGCCGGUUCCAGAACCCGUGCCAGCACCCGUGCAUGCCGCAAUAGUACCGGAGCCCGUGGUGACGGUUCCAUCCCCACCAGUGGAGAGCACUGAGCCACAGGUGGUGCCAAUAGAACCACAGGUGCUGUCAACAGAACCGCAGGUAGUUCCAAUAGAACCACAGGUGGUACCAAUAGAACCUCAGGUGGUCAUGAUGGAGCCACAGAUUGUAUCUAUGGAGCCACAGGUGGUGCCAUUGGAACCCCAGGUCGAGCCUCUGUAACUAGCAGCCAAUGAGUAGGCUUUGAACAAUCAGUCAUCGUCUAGGUGACCCAAGGGAGAGAGGUGGAUUGUGGGACAUGGUAAAAUGGUAAACAUGGAGGGAUUAUCGGACAGAAUGUGGAACCUGUGAUGGGUGACAUCUUAAAUCAAAAGAGCGGAAUCAGAUGAAGAUUACGCAGGAACGCCUAACAUGGUCUCCUCUAUCAUGGAAUUCACAUGUCAAACUAAUUUAGUUCAAGGCACCCAAUCGCUCCUGUGUUGAUCAUUCAAAAUGAUCACACUGUGCCACAUUGAGUCGUAACUAAUGUAGCAAAAUACCAUUCCAUACUGUUUACUGUACUCUAUAAAGGUGCUAUUUAGUAUCUAUGGUCUUUUGGCUUCUUUCUGUGUGGAUGAGCCCUGACCACUUCUACCUACAAUCCUCAAUUGGUUUGUUCUUAGCUAGAAUCCUCUAAGACAGCUUCCAACUGGCAACAUACACUGUACGUUAUACUUUUGCUCUGCUAGCCUGUCAAUUCAUCUCCCUGCAAUGACUCCGAAUGUCUAAUUUCUAGUUUAGUUAUACGGAUGAAAAAAAAAAAUCCUCUUCAAUGGGAAUCUGGCAUGUGGCCUUCAUGACAGAGGCUAUCUAGUUAGGUGCACAGAGAGCUGCUGUUCCAAUGACGACAUUCCGAUUUCGAAACACAAAUGGGGAAAAAGGACUAAAAAAAUGAAUUAUUUGAAAUGCUGUGUAACAAGCCGAGGGAGAUCACGUGUCAGUUUGAAAUACAAAUGUAUCAGACUCAAUUAUUUGCCAUUUUAUCAGUCAGAUUUCUGAUCCAACAUACUUAGUUCACUGAGAUAGAUAGUUUGUUUAGAGUAAUGUACUGUAUGCUGUUUCAGCCAUAGGCUUAGCACUCCCACAACACAAAAAACGUCACAUGUUCACACUGGGCAUUAACGUACACAAGUUCAUUUACAUUCACUUAUCAGCAUACACACAAGCACACACUCACACACACCCUCACACCAUUUCAGCCGACACUCCCAAAGGAUAUCAACAAGUCAAAAUGAUGUCAUCACUAAUUGUCAAGGUUAUAUUUUUGGAAAAAAAUGUCAACAAGAGAUGGAUUAGAAUUAUUAAAUGAUUUGUUUUCUUC